AUGUGGUCAUUUUCAACUUUCGUGAUCUUUAUGUAUUUCUGUUGUGGGUCAUACUCUUUACCUGACAAAGGUUGUUGUAUACGUGGACGACAAAUUUGUUCCUCCUUGAAAAUCAGCGUGGCCGGUUUUAACAAGGCUUGUGAAACAGUAAUUCCCUCAGUUAAAACACUUGCUGAAAAUGGCUUCUACGUGGAGCAAAACCAGAGCUUGCCCAGAGGCUACUACGCCAUUUUGGCAUGGGCCCCAAAUAGCCUACCAAAGCCUGAGCGAUUUAGGCAGAUACUGUUCACGUACGCUGCAAUGAAUAUUCACGACAGUUGCUUCAAAAAACCUGAGCCCUGCAGGCCUCAACAAAUCAAUUCAUUUGAGCCCGACUGUAGUGAACAGAACGAGGUGUUCCGUCUGUUUGAUAUUUUCCUCCUGCCACAAACUUCCUGGAUAAUGGGAAACAGUGUCCGGCUGAUGGUAUCAAACACAUUCGAUUACAAAAACUUUUACAACAGAACGUUAUUCAGACGCUCACCGGAUCGAUGUAAUCGGUUCGUACUGCAUGCUUGUCGUCGUCCACCUGAAUAUGAUAAACUACUGCAUCAACAUCAACUUAGAGACUCACUUGGCCUUCCUGUAGAUCCUCAAGCCCGUCCCAGCACAUUGGAUAGUAUCUUUCAAGAACACUUUCCAGGCAUUGUUGUUAGUAAUUCAAUGCUAGAAUAUGAAGAGGAGACUUGUUUUCUCUCGGCAGAGCUGCAAAAUCAGGCUAUAGAUAAAGAAGAAAGCCUUUAUAUGUCCCCGUCAAGUUGUACUGACCCAUUCAUUGAAGCAGUAUCACCAAUCGAAUACGCCUUCAAUUUGACAAUUAUCGCCAAUAAAUGGUUUAUCUAUGCACAGCAAGAAUAUGUUCACUAUCAAGUGUUGAAAAAGUAUGUUUCCGACUUGAAAAUGCUUCAUGGCUUUGAGGAAAAUCACAUUGUUAUCCAAAGGGGGCGAGAUAACAAACGUCGAAUGGGACGCAUUGUGGCUCGAUUGCAGCUAAUUUUUGACAAACUGAUUGCAAGGCACGUGCGUUGGGCACCUCCGUUUCUUUAUUUGCGGAACACCCCAGAUCCA